AUGGAAUAUCAGCGCCCAGGCAGCGAAACUUCUACUGGAGAUGAAGAGGAGGAAGAUGCACCAGCAGCAGAAGAUAUAUAUGGUAACACAGAAAAACAUAUGGAGGAGGAGAAAGGGGAAAAUGUAUCAAGCGAAGAACAAGAAGAAAGAAGAGAAGCAGAAGCCAAAGUAGAUUCAGCUAAGAACCCUGGUACAAGUGCAUCCGAUGCAACAGCAGCAGCAGCAGCAGCAACAGCAGCAGCAAAAGAAGCAGCAGCAGCAACAGAAGCAGCAGACGAAGCAACAGAAACACCAGCAAAAGAAACAACAACAGAUGAUGAUGCUUCUCUACCCCCAAGAGAGAAACUUGAAUCAAUGCUGAGGAAAGCGCUGGGGGGCCGAAGCACAUUGAGACAAAUAAGGAGCCUCUUGCGCUCUCAUGACGAUGAAACAAAUGAAGAUGAGUCUACGAAAUUAAACAAUAAAAAUUUGAAUAAGAAUAUUCAUAAACUUGAACAAGAAAAACAGAAACACUCACCCACAACCAGCGAAAACAAACCACCAUCAGCUUCUUCUCCUGAGACGGAACAGCAGCAGCAACAGCAGCAGCAGCAACAGCAGCAACAACAGCAGCAGCAGCAGCAGCGGCAACCGAAAGAUAAGGAUGAAGGAGAAAAGAAAGAAAACAGAAAUAGAAGCGAAAACACUCAACUGAAAGCUGAGGAGGGGGAGGGGUCAAAGGGAUGCUGCAACGCGGCGCAUAGAUCAACGAGAGAAGAAGAAAAGGCAGAAAAAGAAGAAAAAGAAACAAAUAAAAAAGAAGAAAUUGAUGAAAAAGAUAUUACACUCGCGGCACCCGUGCGUACACUUGUAGAUAACCCAUACUUUGAUCCUCGUCUUCUGGAGGAAGAAGAAUUUCUAGGGUUUAGAGAAGGCGACGUCAUUCUCUCUAUUGGCAAAUACAGUAAACCCUAA